CCAAAGACAAUGGCAAACAUGAGGGUCUAAAUACACGGACAUGGGCAAACACAUGACAAUAACAACCAAUCACAAGACCUAACUAAUAACAAGAUAAUCAAACAAUGAACCAAAGAAAUCAAGACACAUGAACAGGGGAAACACAUAACAAGAUCACAUGAGGGUUCAGGAAAACACAUGACUAUAAAACAGGAACUAACUUCCAAAAUAAAAGACAUGAACACAAAAUAAACACAUUUAAAUGUGACAUAUUUCCAGGACAUCGCUGGGAGGUUUUUGUAGGACAAUCUAACAAGAAAUUAUACAGAAUGUUCUCUAGUGGUUAUAUUCAAACGUUCCCAGAACGUUGCAGGGAGGUUUGUAAAACAACCUUAAAAUAACUUAACUCUACAUUAAAAUAACUCUAAUGGUUAUUUUUAGGUUUUAUUUUUCUCUCACACUUUUCAUUUCCAAAUUUGAUUAUUUUCAUGAAUGUUGCAAAUGUUUAAUAAUGACUGACGGGGCCUGGGUAUCUCAGCAUGUAUUGACGCUGACUAUCACCCCUGGAGUCCCGAGUUCGAAUCCAGGGUGUGCUGAGUGACUCCAGCCAGGUCUCCUAAGCAACCAAAUUGGCCCGGUUGCUAGGGAGGGUAGAGUCACAUGGGGUAUCCUCCUCGUUGUCGCUAUAAUGUGGUUCUCGCUCUCGGUGGGGCGCGUGGUGAGUUAAGCGUGGAUGCAGAGGAGAACAGUGUGAAGCCUCCACACGCAUUACAUCUCUGCAAUAAUGCGCUCGACAAGUCACGUGAUAAGAUGCGCAGAUUGACGGUCUCAGACGUGGAGGCAACUGAGAUUUGUCCUCCGCCACCCUGAUUGAGGCGAGUCACUACGCCACCACGAGGACUUAGAGCGCAUUGGGAAUUGGGCAUUCCAAAUUGGGGAGAAAAAGGGAGAAAAUCAAGAAGAAAAAAAAAACGAAAAAACAAUGACUGACAUAAGUGCAGUGCAGGAUGUUAGAAUGUCCAUCCUGGCAAACGAAAACUAACGUUCCCAGAAUGUUCUGGAAACCAAACAUUAUUAACUGGGGAGAAAGUGUCAGACAAUAAUUGAGGGUCAAACAAGUGUCUGGGAGAAAGAGGCAGCAGUUUGGGGGAAAUCUCUCUUGCUUCAGUCAUUUUACAAAUUCAUUUGUAACACAUCAGUCUGACCAUGAAUCAGCUCUCGUUUGGUGCUGACUCAUUUUGUUGGCUCUGUCUGGCUUCAGUGAGCUGAUCUCAGGUCAGAUGCUCUGGCUCCUCAUCAGUUCACACUCUUAUUAAUCAGACUGAGCUCAGAACAGUAAACAGAGGCAACAGAUCACAUGACUCUCAAAGCUUUGUAUUCUCUCACAAUGUGCUGAUCUGUGAUCCAUUUCAGUGAAGAGCCACUGAGGAAACUAAAUUAUCUAGAUUAUCAAUAAUUCAUUGACAUGAAAUUUGACUGCAUGAGUUAUUUUAGAACCGCGAAACAGCGAACAGUUUACGUAUUUGGUUUAUAAAAUAAAAUGGUUUAGAACGAGGGAGUAGAAACAUCACAAGCUGGCUUUGAUGGUCAGAAGUUAUUUAAAUAUGUGACAAACAAACUUCAUCGCAACUAAUUCAUGAUUUUUGUAAAUCAUUUAUUUCAGACAGACAGUUAAAAUAAGGAGUAGCAGUGCAGAACAGCGCACAUAAAAACGAGGCGUUUUCAAAAACAAGAACCAAAGAAGGCAUUUGCUUUUUUUAACUUGCAGCAGACAUUUCCCCCUAUAAAAUGGACAGCAGGUUUCCUGAUGAGCGCUGAUGUUGAUGUGAUCUGAAGAGGCAUAAAUCCCUCCUACUGAGAAUAAUAAACAGCUAAAGAUGAAUUCAUCGUCUCACAGAGGAAAAUAUAUUUUGAUAUGAUGGUUUACUGCAUUGAAAGCUCUGUGACACUAACAAAUGCCUGAGAAAUGCUGAGUGUGAAGCAAAAUCUUCACAUCUGGCUAAGAAACAGCAAAACUGAAAACAAAACCUCACUUCUGCUGAUGGGGAAGUGGUUUGGGUCACCUCUGACACUGUAAUGUUGGCCCAUUUAAAAAUGACUGAUGAACACAGAACAUGCUGCAGGUCGCCUGAAGUAAUGGCUCAAAAUCACAGACAGGAAAUGGAAAUGACCAGCACUGCUUGAGUAUGUUUGUGUGCGUGUGUGUGUCAAGGGCAUGUCCAGGAUUUGUCUACUGAGGCGGAACGUUGUUAUGGACCAUGCACGACAUGGACGGGUUAAGCCAUUGUGCAAUGCGCACCGUCUCCAGGACUUGAGCGGGGUCCGAGUCAGCGUGGCAAGAGGGGUGGCAAAGCUAAUCUUUAGGGUGGAAACUGCCACUCCGUGCCACCAUUCUGGCACCGCCCCUGGUAUGUGUGUGUGUGUGUGUGAACACUUAAAGAUGCAUUGAGGAAGAGAGCAGGGUUACAGAAAUGUAUCAGUUUCUAUGUUUCUGUAUAUUAUUUUUCAUUGUUUUAUAUUACAUGUUAAUUACAUCAUUUCAUUUAGAUUUUAUUUUGAUACUGCUAUUAUUAAAUUUAAUCUGAUUAUUUCAUAUGUCCGUCCUUCACAUUUCUUUACAUUUGCAGAUUUUUUUUUAGUUCAGAUGAGAUUAGGAAAAAAAGAUCCAUCGUGUUCGCAUCAGAGCUUAAAAAGAGCAGAGAUAUUUCAGUGCCAUUAAAUGUUAAAUCGGCUGUUAUGAGAGCGAUUAGAAGUCAUGAACUGAUCAUGUUUAUUACUGUCUGUAGUAAAAUAAGGUCUGGUUAGAGAAACUUCAGCUCUCCUUCUCUCUGUAUGUGAAAAUCAGCUUUCUGCUGCCCACUAGCGGUCAAACACAGACUCUCAAGUUCAUUAUUCCUAAAAAUCACCUCUCUAUCUUAUGGGAAGUUGAAGACAACAACACUAUAAAGCCUAAUGCUUAAAAUAAUGCACUGUAUUGAGUAGGGGAAAUGUAAUCAUACAAGUUAGUUCAAAUAAAUUCACCUUGAUGAGCAUUUAGAUCUUUAAAUCUAAAGUGAAACCAAAAAUCUUUUUUUUUUUUUUAAUGAUUUAGUCUAUUGGGCAUUCCUCAUUUAUCUUUUUUUUUUUUCAAGCUUUAUUUAAUAUAUUUCUGCUGGGACAACAGGAUUAUUUUUCAUUUGUUUAUCUGAAACUGGACAGGGGAUUUCUAAUUCAUGGCACUCGACAGUGAGAGUAAAUGUGUCUUUGUGCAAAAUGAAUGUUAAGGGGGAAGACCUGUUAGUGUUUCAUGUUUUGUGAUCUUAUUUAGAAGAGUUUGUCUUAUGUUGGAGUUUGUUUCCAAUGAACAUGCAUUCAGAAUGUUAGCAUCACUGUACUAACUUUAUUUAGGUUCUCUCUACUUGAAAUAUUUAAAUGGAGAUUAUAUGGUAAUUUUGAGAUUAGAUAAAGAGUUAAAUAUAAAGUUGUCUGCUAUCAAAAUGUAGGUUGUGAGUUAGCUAGCUCAAUAUUUCAAGUUAAGAGAAAUGUAGUUUUGCUAACUUAAAGUUUACAGUGAACUGUUUAUAAAUAAAUAAAUAAACAAAUAAAAAAUACUGAUACGAAAGAAUAAUGAGGAAUGGUUUUUAAUUACCAAUCACUAAUGUAAUCAUACUUAUUAGGCAUAAUAAAUUAAUAAUAAAUAAAUAAACAAAAUAUUUUGAUCAGGCAUAGACUGAUAAAUAAAUAAUAUCAAGAAUAUCAAUGGCCUAUAUUAUAAGGGUACAACGGGGCUAAAGGCACCCUUUAAGGAAAUUUUGUGUUUUUCUGGUUUUCCAAAAAAAAUAUAUAUAUAUAUAUUUGUUUAAUGAAAAUUGAUGAAGCAACAUAAUUUGUGUGAAAAGAAAUAAUAACGGAAGGUUGUUUCGAUUAAGGUGGCGAGGGAGCCUUUUACCCCACACUUGGUGUAAAAGCCCCAUUGGGGGUUUAAAGUGAUAUGGCGUAGAUACCGGGGCAAUAGUUAUAGGACACACUUUGUCAACUAAUGCAACUAAUUCUGUGACAGCAAGAUGCUUUUUUGAGUAACAAAUUAAGAUGAUGCUUACUCAAAAUAACUACUUCAGAAAAAGUCAAGCAUUUCCUGUUCAUUUCAAACACAUUUGGCACUUUAUCACAUCUCAAGUAUUCUAUAAACAAACUUAUCUCUAUAAUGAUUGGAUGAGUCAAUGUGAGCCCACUUUGAACAUUCUUCAUAACAAAUCUAUUCACCCCACUCUAAAAAAACAGUGUGUUUAAUGGGGCCUUUAGGGGGGCUUUUUACCCCAAAUACUGUCCUUUCACUUACUGGACAGUUAUUGAAAAAUGUUUGAUUUAAUGACAUUAAAUAAAACUGAAAAUGAUAAAUUAGUAUUUUGUCUUAAAAGAAAUGUGUUAAUUUCCAGGAUAUUCAUUAGCUACAUAAAUGUACAACAUUUUAAGAAAUAUUAAAUCAAAAUCAAAUGUUAGACAUAACACACAAAGAUCUCAUGGAUCAGGAAUUUUUGGCAGUGACAAACAGGUGUUUAGAAAACUACUGUGGUAGAUUUUAUUGCUAUUAAAAAUAAAAUCAAUGGAGCCUUUUACCCCGUUGUACCUUAUACUAAAUAUAUGAUAAUUAUUAUUUUAUUUGACAGAGUACUACAAUGUUCCAAGUAGUCUACAAUAGUAUAAUAACAUAUUACAAUCGGUAUAAUAAAUAUAAGCUAUACUAAAAUUGUUUCAGUAAUAGGAUAUAUACCUCAGAGACUGCAACAUUUGUUUACAGCAAUUAAACAAUGCCAUUUUUUUUAAAAUUGCAAUAUAUAUAUAUAUAUAUAAAACACACAUCACAACAAACGUUUUGGUGGGAAAUAAAAUGCACAUUGAAUGUCACAGCUAGCUAAAGUCACAAGUCACCUCAAAGAAAUAUGGGCUUAAAAUGUAAAAAUGUCCCAUGACUGCUAUUGUUUUCUGACAUCACACAAAAUUCACCCCAAAACAAAAUAUUCUUUAAAAUAUGUAUUGUUAUAUAAGAGGGUCUAUAUUAAAGUGCUAAAUGAUAACACUAUGUAACACAAUUUUUGUUCCUGGGUAGUAAGUAUUAUUUCCUAAUUGCUUAUGCCUCAAAAGUAUAGAAAAUGGCUAUUACUCCCCACAAACUUUGCUUCUGUGACCAGGACAGUGAAAUGUACCUAUUUCCAAUGAGAAAACGGGCGAAUCUGUGUCUUUUCAUUCACAUAAAGUCAGAAAAAAACAACAACAUAUGAAUCCAAAUUAACAUGUAUUUAUACUAAAGUAAUACAAAAAUAACUACAAAAGAUUUAGAAGUGAGUCGUUUUUCGAGAUUUACGAUUAUACUGUAAAUCACUUUCACGAAUCAGCCCCCAGCUGUACUCAUCAUACUUCAAGGUGUCCAGCAAGGUCUUGAUGCUGUUGUAAUCCUCUUUGAGGUGCACCGAGUGAGCCAGGGGAAGAGACGGGUACUUGUUACCAUUAUGGAGCAGCACGGCUUUGAGGCUCCUGGAUGAGCUGUCAGUGAAGAGGCGCCACUCAUUCUGGUUACAGGCGAUUCCGAUUGCCUCCAACAGACUGCUCACAUUGUGGCAGAAGCAGAGCUCAUCUUGACAGGCGAAGAAGCUGGAAAAAGGUUGGUGAUGCUUCUUCUGAUAAUUUUUAAUAAUAAUUUUCUUUAUUUAUCACACAUUAUACAUUUGCACAUAUACAGUGAAAUUCUUCUUUUUCACAUAUCCCAGCUAGGCUGGGGUCAGAGUGCAGGGUCAGCCAUGAUACAGCACCCCUGGAGCAGAUAGGGUCAAGGGCCUUGCUCAAGGGCCCAACAGUGGCAGCUUGGCGGUGCUGGGGCUUGAACCCCCGACCUUCUGAUCAGUAACCCAGAGCCUUAACUGCUGAGCCACCACUGCCCUAGAUCUGCAACUUGCACACUUUCAUCCAACAAGUUCCACCGCUUGAGACUAGAUGUCAAAAGCUCAGCACUGGACUUGGUGAGACCAAGAUCUCUAAUCAAGUCGUUGAGGUCUUUUUGGUUGGGGUAGUAUGGGUUUCUCUCCUCAGCUCCGCCUCUGAAACUGUCAUCUGGAUCUACAACAUCUUCCUCUAAAUCUGCAGGUGCAUUCUUGCCAGUCCGACGUUUGGAAGGGUCCACCAUGCAGAAGCAGCAGUUGCUUGAGUGGUCAGUGGGUUCCCGCAAAAUUCAUGGGAUAGCGUAUUUCAUGGCUCUCUUUUCCCCUCUGUACCAUCCUAAAAAAUACAUUUAUUUCACCCAUGACUAAUCUGUAAGAGAUUCUCAUAUAUGAUAUAUUUUUUCAAUAACAUUGGAAGUUGUAACACAUUUUAAAAUUAAAAACUUUUACAAUUUUAAAAAUUAACAAAUUUUAUAACAUCAAAUUCCAAGCAACAACUGUCCAUCUUACCUUCCAGAGUUUUUUGUAAUGCUCGCAGGUGAAAAGUGGUGCCCAGCGUUUGUCUUGAUCCCCGACAGGCAUGUCGAAAUAUGCCAUGUAGGCCUCACACCUCUUAGCAGAUGCUUCCACGGAGUACUUUCUUUCACUUUUACUUUCACUCUUAUCUUGAUAAUUUGGCCACACACAUAGCAAAAUGCGUCUGCCGGAUGCUUGCAGCCUCUUGAUGCCAUCUCAGAAAAAUGCAGAUAUGUAUCCACUUAAACAGCUGGAACUAAACUGAACUAGUGGGCUUAAGGCCCCUAUAUUUUUACUACUAUUUAUAUUAAUGGAAAGUUCUAGAAAGUUCUAGAAGUUACUCCAAGUUUACUCAGCACUGAAUCUAUCUGGAAUGUUCUGGAAAAUAGGUACAUUUCAAAAUAUCACUGUCCUAGUCACAAAAGCAAAGUUUGUGGGGAGUAAUAGCCAUUUUCUAUACUUUUGAGGCAUAAGCAAUUAGGAAAUAACACUUACUACACAGGAACCAAAAACACAUGGUGUAAUCAAACUCUAUGGAACAGCACAAGCUGAAAUCAGAUUAGUCGCUCUUAGAUAUUUGAAUAUGAUUAAAAUAAUAAAAUACUACGCUAGUCUAUCUUCAUUUUAAUAUAAUUAGGUAUUCUAAAUAUAUAAUAUAAUCAAUAUAGUAUUAAGGCAUAUAGUAUAAAAUGAAGUGGAGCAGCUGAAUUCAGAUCAGUCAUUAAUCAUGUUCUCUAUCGGUUCUCACGGUAGCAGGAGUCUCUCUGGUGAAGCAGGAAGCGGCAUGUCAUCUUCAUUUGAAUACAGUGAGUUUGAUUUACAGUGUCGCUCAUUUGUCGCGUUUAUUGCGGCUCUUUGAUGUGCGCCGCGCGGCAGCCUUUGAAAUGCACGCGCGCUUUCUGAUGUAAAGACACACGUGCGCCGCUCUGACUCCACAACAAACCCUGAAUUACCACCAUCAUUGGGGUCCAAGUGUCUGAGACCAUUGAAAAGGCUUAGCAUUUUUCUAAGUGAACACCAACAUUAAAUUAUCGACAUAACAAUUUGAGAACUGAAAAAUCAACAUUCUGAAUGUCUUAGGAUAGGCCUGUUUGACAGCAUGCACUCAGGCUGGCAUAAAACAUAUCUGAUGAUCCAUGUACCCCCAGUAGAUAUGAUUUUUCUUCUUAAGAUAUUGUUUUCAUAUUGCUUACAAUUUUCAGAAUCCUGACAAGACAUCACAGGCCUACAAAUGACUAAAUAUGUAAAGACUUUUUGGACCAGAUCUCCUUUUGCAUCUUCAUCAUCACCUCACCUUAAACACACUGGCCCGUCCGGGUCACAUUCUGACCCUUGUGUAAAUGUUCAGACAGCAAACACCCCACUCACAGCACGCGAUGAUGGAGCGUUGCGUCGCGUCAGGGCCACAGCAGAGAUAAUGACGCGUCAGAGCAUUGGGUCUUUCAUCUUUCUGCGUUCCGGCCAGUAAGCGGCACCUGUGCGCGUGUCAUAAAUCAGCUCAGGUGGGUGUCCCGGCGUGACGUCACCUCUUGGCAAACAAACGCGCGCCCGCGAGCGCUCUGGGGCAGGUGAGGUUUAGUUAAAGUAAAACUUUCCGAGGAAAAUGUCCGUGAGUUUCCUGCUGGAGAUGGACACGGCCAUGUACGGCAACCCCGCGAGACACCUGAACCUCGGCCAGACGCACCUGAACGUGUACCCGUCCGCCCCGUACCAGGACUACAGCGGAUACCACCCGGUCUCUGCCCUCGGCAAUGACCUGCAUCACACCGGCAGUGCGUGGAGUCCCGGGUUCGGUCUCGGUGCGCGUGAGGACUGGCCGCCGCCGCUGUACGGGCACGGGACGGGUCACUCGCUGCCCGUUAAUGGCAUGGAGGUGAACGUCAUUCCGCCUGUGGAUCAGGGGCUGCUGAGGAACGUUCUGAGCGCACCGCUGGAGAGAGACGAGCCGCAGGACUGGAUGAGACCCACCGCCGCUCCCGGACACCCAGGAGGAAAAACGAGGACGAAGGACAAAUACCGAGUGGUGUACAGUGACAUUCAACGCCUGGAGCUUGAAAAAGAAUUCCACUUCAGCCGCUACAUCACCAUCAGACGGAAGGUGGAGCUUGCAUUGUCCCUGAGCCUAUCAGAACGCCAGGUGAAGAUCUGGUUCCAAAACAGACGAGCUAAAGAAAGAAAAAUGAACAAGAAGCGACUUCAACAGGCCCAAGAGAACUCUACAUCCAAUGUGCCCGUCCACAGCAACAUCGCCAUGGUUUCCAGCACCAAUAACGGUUUGAUGACAGACAAUAUAUCGAGCAACAUCAAAGAGGAAUAUUGAGAACUCUUUAAACCAGAAGGAUAAACGGUUUCACAUGUUUACACGGAUUCAGCGACACUGAACGUUCAUAUUGCACUACACAGAUGACACGCAAACACAUUUUAUUGUGAAUAAGCACACAGUAUUUUAAUUUUGUAAAGAAUGAAUAGGAUCUCAGCGUAUGAUGAAGUUAUGAAGAAACACGCCGUAAUAUUUUCUAAAUUGUUUUGCAUACUGCUUUUGAUGUGGCCUCACUAACUAGUGAUUUUGGAGUUUUAUUGUAUGACAAUAUAUUUAAAGUGCCUGUAUCACAACUGUUUUGCUUUGCUAUGUAAAAUAUUUGACACCUACUGGAUCAUGAAUAACUGACGUAUUCAAUCAAGCAAUCAACUGACUUAAAAAAAAUAGACUGGACUGGUGCCUCAGUGUAAUUAGUCAUUUAUGAAGUCUAUAAUAAUAAUAAUAAUAAUAAUAUAUUUGAAGAGGAUUACAAAGCCAGACUGUAAAACACAGUGGAGUUAAACGGCAUUUUUUUUGGUGCAGCAUUUAGCUGGAAGCAGUCACAAUUGCUUUGCUUCAAAAUAGAGUAAAAACUAUUCAAAAUGUAUUCUCACAGAAAAAUGUCCAUGUCACAUUUUACCCUAAAUAUAAAUAAAUAAAUCAUAUUUUGCACAAAUAAAAUUAAGCCUAUUAUUAGAAACAUUAUUAUUAUCAUAACCAGCCAAAUUGUUUCCCUCCCAAAUUCUCAUUACCAGAUGCAUGCAUACUUUUUUACUGUAUUGCAGUAAGGAAAUUACUGAAAUACAUUUAUUUGAUUAAAUCAGCAUAACAAACUUAAAAAUAAUUUUAAUAUUUAUGCAUUUCAAUUUCAUAAUAAAAUUCCAAAUUUUCAAAUUGAAAUGUAGUAAUCGUUAACAAACAACAACAACAAAACUAAAUACUCUAAGUUUUAUUAAUUUUGUCAAAAAUUGCACAAUUCAGUUUGAUGGAAUUUUGUUAUGAAAUUAACAUGCAUAAAUCUUAAAAAUAGGAAACUGAAGUGGGGCCUGGGUAGCUCAGCGAGUAUUGACUCUGACUAUCACCCCUGGAGUCGCAAGUUCAAAUCCAGGGCGUGCUGAGUGACUCCAGCCAGGCCUCCUAAACAACCAAAUUAGCCCGGUUGCUAGGGAGGGUAGAGUCACAUGGGGUAACCUCCUCGUGGUUGCUAUAAUGUGGUUCUCGCUCUCGGUGAGGUGUGUGGUGAGUUGUGUGUGAAUGCCGCGGAGAAUAGAGUGAAGCCUCCACACGCACUACGUCUCCGUGGUAACGCGCUCAACAAGCCACGUGAUAAGAUGCGCGGAUUGACGGUCUCAGACGCGGACGCAACUGAGAUUCGUCCUCCGCCACCCGAAUGGAGGCGAGUCACUACACCACCACGAGGACUUAGAGCGCAUUGGGAAUUGGCCAUUCCAAAUUGGGGUGAAAAGGGGAGAAAAUCGAAAAAAAUUAAAUAAAAUAGGAAACUGAAAUAAUAUAUUAUUUCCAUUUAUUUAUUAAAUAAAAUUCAAAAUAAAUAAUAUUUUCUAUAAAGAAAAUGAAACCUAUUUUUAGGACCAUUAAAAUGUUUUGCAUUGUGACAUUUUUUCAUGACAAGCAUGUUUCCCCCUAAAUUCUCAUCACAAUACAGUAAAAUGUUUUAUUUUUUAUUUAAAUCAGCACAACAAAGGCAUCACAACAAUAGUAACAUAAUGUAUACAAACACCUAUGGUAGUAUAAUUCAAUUAAAUAAUAUUAUAAAGAGAAUGAGAUUUUUUGCAUUAUGGUAAAAAUAAUUGAAUUAAUGCAAAAUAAUACAAACAGAAUCUUAGAGGUACUAAAAAUGGCUCAUUUUCUUUCUGUAAAUUCUCAUUUAUUUUUUACUUUUAAUUUUAGGGUGAAAUAUGGCCUGGACAUUGACAGGUUUUGUGAGAUUCACCCACUUACAGAAAGUCUAACACAGAAUCUCAUUUGACUCUGAAGCACACUGUACUUUGAGUGGGUGUAAACUAGUUAGCGUGCAAGAGUUUACGGAUCAUGAGUUGUGAUAACACGAGGAAACAAAUGCUGUUUGUUGAUAAAAACAGAAGCCGAACCGGUAACCACGUACUCAACACAUACAAUCAUUGACAGAAGAACACUGAGGUCACGCAGAACAUCACAAACAAAAACAACAAGGUGGACAAAACACUAAGAAAACCUUAGAAAUUAUCAAUUAUCAAUAAAGGCUGUCAUGUUUGUGUUUGUAACUGUUGGGUUUUGUUUGGUCUCAUGGCAUGAGAUGGGUGUGGCCUGUUUCUGAGACCGGUCAGAUGAUUCAUGCCAAUUAAAGUGUCAAUAAAGACUUGAUGCCAGUAAAAUUCAUCCACUCAUAUCCUUCAACAUCAUGUGUUUGAUCGGUUAAUGUUUGAUUGAUUUCACAAUUUUACCACUGACCCUCAUUUGAAAUAACACACAGAGGUGUUAAAAAUGCAGAGAAAUUAUACUUAAAUGUUUAACUCUGGAUACUGUGCCCAAAUUUUACUCAAAAGUCAAAGCAUAGAGACAUAAACUAGUAUUUGUUACCAGUUCAAGACACAUGAUUCAAUCCAUUAAAUAAAGAAAUAGCUAUCUCGUUCACAUUUCACACUUCAGCAUCUUUAUUGAAGAACUAAAAGAAUAUAUUUCACACUUAAAGCCGUGUAAUCUUUAUACAUUGUGAAAAACUCACUCAUAACUCACCCAAAACAGAAAGAGUCAAACUUUACACAAUAAAAAACUCUAUACAAUUCUAUAUACAUAUCUAGACG